CUCUCUUUAUCCCCUCAAGUAGGGGAAGCCACGCAGCCAAGCCUCUGACCUUUUGGGUAGUUCAGGGAUAAGACACUUCGUCUACAGAAGAGAAGAAAAGGGAGGUUUGUUGCCGUUGUGGUCUCAUAUCUCGUGGACUUCACGGGCUGAGGGAACAAUAACCUUCCAGUAGCCCCCAAACACCAGUGUCUUCGCACGCAGACAGAGGAUUUCUGGUAAUAGCGAGGAGGAAGAAGCCUCCUUUUCCGAAAGCUGGGAUCCCGGCUGCUUGUUGGCAUGGUUUGAAGAGGCUAGCUGUUGCAAGCAAGGUCUGCUUAUGCACCCUGCGUUCCAGAGCUCUUAGCACCUCUCUUUAAAACGUUGGGUCUUCGACGCCCCCUGAAGUCUGAGUGUGAGCGGGAGCACUCCGUACACACGCUCUUUCCAAUAAAUAAGGCAAUCAGGGCGGGGUUGGGGGGCGCAGGGCGCUUACACACUCACACCCAGCGCUGGCGUGGCUUUUGAACUGCCCAUAGACUGUAACCAAGAAGAGAAGGGGGAGGGGAGGCAGGCGGGGAAGAGGGAGGGAGAUAGGGAGGGGGUAGAGAAGGAGGGAGGCAGGCAGGCGAGGGGAGGGGGAAGGGAGGGAGAGAGAAUGAGAAAUGCAGAGGCAGCAGCGGCGGCAGCGGCAGUAGCAGCGGCGGCAUUGCUCCAAUAGGCUCCCCUCGCUCCAGUCUCCGCUCUCGAGCCCGGGAGAGACAUCGCGCCACCCAGUCCCAAACGAGCCGACCCUAGGCUCCCCGAGGCUCUAGGUGACACCAGGGCGCACCUCACAUACACCGAGGGGGCGGAAAAGAGAACUAACCCAGAACUCCAAAGAUGGGAGGCAAGCUCAGCAAGAAGAAGAAGGGGUACAAUGUAAAUGAUGAGAAAGCCAAGGAUAAAGACAAGAAGGCUGAAGGAGCUGGUACAGAAGAAGAAACUCCCAAGGAGAAUGAUGAGACCCAGACAGUGGCCGAGACCACAGAUGUGAAGGAGAAGACCGAGAAGGAUUCCCAGGUCACUGCCAACAAGACCGAAGAGAAGGGAGCAGAGAAGGAUGUGGCGCCGGGCAAAGAAGAAGCUCCGAAAUCAGAGUCUGAGAAACCAGAGGCUGUCCCUGAUGGAAAGGCAGAGCCACAGAAGGAUACAGAGCCAGAGCAAGCACCUGCCUCUGCUCCCGCAGCCAGUGAGGCUUCUAAGAGUCCUGAGGCAAAGGUCUCUCAGUCUUCAGAAGCCACAGCAACUAGUAAAGCAGAUGACAAGAGCAAAGAGGAAGGGGAAGCCAAAAAGACUGAGGCUUCCGCAGCUGCCGUCGCCCAAGAAUCUAAAAGUGAAGUGGCUCCAGCUUCAGACUCAAAACCUAGCAGCAGCGAAGCUGCGUCUUCUUCCAAGGAGACCCCAGCAGCAACAGAAGCCCCUAGCUCUACACCUAAGGCCCAGGAACCUGCAGCCCCAGCAGAAGAGGCUCCGACCGCUAAUUCGGAUCAAACCAUAGCAGUGAAUGAGUAACAAGGACAGCCUAUUGAAAAAAAAAAUUAAAAA